AACGCCGGUAAGGAAUCGGAAUCCGGCCGGCAAGUGGCGUGGCGACGGUCGGAAUGGGGAAGGAAUCCUGAAAGACUGAUCGAUGAAGCACACAAACAAGGCACUUUGAAUUUGUUGAGGCUCCCUCCUGAGCCGUCUAUAUAUAUACGAUCUGAUGAUCGCCUUGGUAGUUCUCUUCUCGAAGCUGAAGUGGAACAAGCUAUAGUAUAGCUAGCCUAGCUAGGUUGGCCACUUGGAUCGUCAUCGGCAUGGCCAUGGCCAUGGCCGGGACCGGAAGCGGAAGGAACAUCGGCGUUGCGGUGGACUUCUCGUCGUGCAGCAAGAACGCGCUGCGGUGGGCGGCGGCGAACCUUGCGGCGCCCGGCGACCGGCUCAUCCUCAUCCACGUCAAGACCUCGUACCAGUACGAGCAAGGCGUGGCGCAUCUCUGGGAGCACGACGGAUCACCGCUGAUCCCUCUGGUGGAGCUGUCGGACCCGCGGGUGGGAAACAUCUACGGCGUGGCGCCGGACGGGGAGACGAUGGAGGUCCUGGCGCGGGCCGCCGCCGAGAGAGGCGUCCACGUCUUGGCCAAGGUGAUGUGGGGCGACCCCGGCAGGAAGCUCACGGAGGCCGUCCACAAGGUGCCCCUGCAGUGGCUGGUCGUCGGCAACAGAGGCCUCAGCACGGUUAAGAGGGUUCUCAUGGGAAGCGUCAGCACCUACGUGGUCAACCACGCCGCCUGCCCCGUCACCGUCGUCAGGGAGAACAAGCAGAACAUGCUGCCCCUGCCCUCAGCACUCACCAUGCCCACCACCUAGCUAAGAUGUGUGUCUUCGAUCUGUCUUCUAGCCUGCCACAGGCUCUCGAUCGUCAGUCUUUGAGAACAUAUGGUAUAUCUGUUAAUCUGUAUCUUGUGUGUAUACGUACGUGUGUCGUCUUAUUUGUAUAUAUAUAUGGCCGCGGGAAAUGAAAUGUCUCUCACUCUCUCUUCGGUUUUUCUCUUUGUAUAAACAUACAUGUAUGGAGAGGAGGUAAAUAAAAUACAUGCUCCGAUGUAGUAGAUGUUGAUAA